AUGGCGGAAGCUUUGGCAGUGAGAUGGACGCUGAAAACUACAGUGGACCUCAAGAUCACCAAAGCAGUUAUUCAUUCUAAUGCUCUUUCAAUUGUGGACUGUAUAAACCGUCUUUCUUACAGUGUUGAGUUGGAACUAAUUAUCGUUGAUUGUUUAUCAUUGCUUAGUUUGUUUUCUCUUACUACUUGUGUCAUUUCCCUAAAAGUCUCAUUUCUGACUCUGUUUGUGGCGAUUCAGAAUGCCACUGGUAGCAUUCUUUCGUCGGGUUAUUGGGUUGAUGGAAAAUGGUGCUGGAAACUUGUCUCGGAGACGGAUUUGCUACCAGCUUUGGCGAGUGAAGAGCUGAGCAAUCUUUUAACCAUUCUGGCAGAGCUGCAUCCUUUGCCAAACGAAUUGGACUCCUUCAUUUGGUGGAGAGAUUCGGCUGGAUUUUCGGUCAAAAGUGUUUAUAAGUGGCUGUCUGGUUCGAGUCUGUCGGGGACUAUGCAGAAUUCCGCAAACUCUUCGAUUUUUAAAAAGCUUUGGAAAGUCGCGGUUCCUUCAAACAUUAAGUUUUUCGGCUGGAGAUUAUUGCUUGAUCGUUUGCCAACGUGUAUACAACUCGGGAAAAGGGGGGUUAUAUUACCAAAUGAUUGUAGCUGUCCUUUUUGUUCUAAUGUCGAAGAAUCUGCAAUUCAUCUCUUCUUCCAUUGUUCAGUAUCAGUUCAACUUUGGACAAAGACUUUUGUUUGGUUGCGCAUUCCGCUGUAUAAUCUACAGGGGUCGGUCUUGGAGAAUUUCGGAUCGUUUGUGUAUCCGAUUGGAAAUUUAAACGAUAAGUUUUGGAGGAUUUUAUGGCUGGCAGCAACAUGGAUAUUAUGGAAAGUUAGGAAUGAUUUGAUUUUCAAUAACAUAGCAUUCGAUUUAAAUGUUCUGUUUUGUCGGUUAAAAGCUACAUUGUGGGACUGGUUGGGGUUUUGUAAUAGAGUUAGCAUGGAAUUUUCUUGGGAGGAUUGGUUGAUAAAUCCUGCUGAGUGUUUGUAA